AUGCUAACUGAUUAUCAGCGUAUAUAUUACGAGAAAGCGAUACUUACGAAAAAAUUUUCAACGUUAAACGAAAAAUUGAGUGGACCGAAGCCAACGUUGCUUGCAAAAAUUCGUUCGGUAUUCUUGUCGUCAGCAACAAAAGUGACGAAUGAAAAAAAUGAAAAGAAUAUGCUAGAAUUCGAUCUCGAGACCCCCAUCAGCAAACGAACACUAAAAUGGCAUUUUUCUGGGCAAUUGUUGGACGAUUCAGGAAUUUAUAAAAUUGUUUCAGUUCGCAAUUCUGGCAACGAAUUCAACAGUCUUUUUGGCAAAUCUUCAGUGAAGCAACUCUAUGAAGCAUUUGCUGUGGGACCUGAUGCAGUACAAAAUACCGGGGUCGCCGUUAGUGAUGACGACGAUGAUAACGAUGGUGGUGGUGGUGAAAAGAAGGCAGACAGCGAUAGUGAUUCAUUGCCUCCAACACCGCCUCCUGUAGGAAUUUUGAUAAAUGCAAGCGAGGAAAGAGAGGUAGAGAGAAUUUAUGAAGUUCGUCAAUCGCCUAGCAAGAAGCGAAAAUUGAAGUUUUGA